GUUCUGCACCAAUGCCGGGCACGACUUGGCGCUGACGUACAAUGACCGGAGCGUUCUGGAGAACAUGCAUUCGGCGACGUGCUUUCACCUGAUGAAGGGGUUUGGAUGUGACGUCCUCGCUUCCGCAUCAAGGGAGAAGCGCGCGCAGUACCGAGAGCAUAUUGUGGGUCUAAUUCUGGCCACGGACAUGGCGACGCACUUCGACUUCCUUGGCAAGUUCCGGGUGCGGCGCGAUUGCACCGAAUUCAAUGUGCAG